CCUUAGCGGUACACGUGGAAUACGCGCAAUAUCACCACUCCGUUCUCGGAUCGCAGAAGCCUGAGCCUGAGCUUUCCGAGAUCCAGGUGUCUAGCCGGCUUCGAUUCUAUUGAUUCUAUGUUAGCGCCGGUUCGACGGACAGGCAAGGACAAGAAGGGAACAGUCUGUAACAUCCCCGGAUCCGUGGCGAUAAGGCUUCCAGAAAUUCCUGAUACAGGGAUUGAGAACCGUUGCAUUUCGCUAGCAAAAGGGUCACGGAGGUAUAAGAGGACCCCGUCCGGGGCAUACAGAGGCCGUAAUCCUUGCGGCCACCUCUUCGUCUUCUCACCUACAGACUCUUGCUCACUUUCCAGUCCGCUCGCCACCCCGCCUCUACAAUGAGUGUUACAGUCACUGGUAUCCAGCUUCAGCAGGGCCUGAAAGACCUCUUUGGUAGAGGUAUGAAUAGCGAGUCAUACAAGCUUCCAGCAGAUAAGCAGGAGAUGGAUCGCUUGUCGUUGCAGCAUCGCAUCUGGACAUUAAUGGCGGAUGGGCUGUAUCCCAAAGAUGCAGAACUUGCAGUCCAAAGUGUAUUGCACCGUCCAAGGGAGGACCAAAGCACACCAAUGAUCCUCGAUAUCGGUUCUGGUUCUGGUACCUGGGCAGUUGAGAUGGCGUUGAAGUUCCCGCAUGCCAGGGUGAUCGGAAUGGAUCUUAUUCAGAGUAGCCCAAACUUUGUCCCAGAGAACUGCGUGUUCAUCAAAGCCGACGCCACAAACACGCUUUCCGAGUAUGUCGGCCACUUCGACAUUGUUCAAUGUCGAAGUGUUGCGAAGCAUGUCCCAGACGCCGUGGCGUUUACACGUAGUCUUGGUAGAACUCUACGGCCAGGGGGAAUAUUCUUCUUUUCGGACGCAGUAACCGACGUCUUCAACGAAAAACUUGAAACAUAUCCUCUCGCGCCAAUCGACGGCGCUGUGGACAGUAACGGAGUAUCGACAAAUGAUUACAGCUGGUUUGCACGGUGGAUGUCGGAAGUGACAGACCGAUGGACGACGAAAGAGCGUCAGUACACCGAUGGCGACAAACUCCACAUCCUUCUCCGCGAGGAUGGCCAGUUUGAGGAUAUAAAUGUCAAGGAGUACUUCAGCCCGAUUGGGUGGGAUGGUGGAAGUGCAGUGGAAAGCAGUAAUGGGGCCGAGAUCGGGAGGUUGAUGGUGCUGAACGUUUGUGACUUCUUGCAGGCAAGUCGACCGUCUCUGCUGUCUUCUGGCUUAUCGGAAGAAGCUGUCGAGAGGUGGGCAAGAAACGUGCGGCAGGAGGCUGCCAACCCAGCAAAACAUAUGCUGUUUAAGUGGGUUAUCAACUGGGCAACAAAAUCUUCAACGGGUUCUCAAAGAAAACCGGCAAAAUCUGUGCUAUGAGUCGUUAUAUAGCUAUAGCCAUGUAGUUCAUCCUAUAAUUACGCAACAAACUUUUAUUUUAAUUUACGGAGAACGACCACGUGCUCCUAAAUCUUACAUAACACUAAAUAUUGAAUUCAG